UCCUGUGUUUACAGAUUUUUAGACCGUAAAGUAUCGACACUACAGUUCCCCCUAAAAACAGAAUCUAAAGGAAUUCAACCGAAAUAAGUUUCAAACGGAAUGUAUUAACCUACAACAAAAAAAAUUUAGGUGUUCAGAAUCCAAAUACACGCCAGAAAACAAACUUUUUUCAUGCUGAAAUAGAAAACUUUUCGGUCAUUACCCCCGGUCAAUACUUCAUUAUUUUUCACUCAGAAGAUGGUGGAUUAUACGUACGAUGAUGACGGUAACCCAGUGCGUCGUUUGAAUGAAUGCUAUGAAGAUGCGUUCUCUGAUACCGAGGAUCUGAUCAACCCGUUCGUUAUUAAGGGGGAUGGAUUUGAUGUCACUCUGUCCCUGGCGCGUGGUAUGAUCAGCUGGACCACAGUCAGCCCUAAAGUGAAGAAAAGCAAGAUACCACUCCCAGGAACAGCCACAAUCUCCAAGGGAACAGUCGACCUUCCUCUCAAGGACAUAUACGGGGUCCAGAUCAAACGGAAGAGGGUCAAAGGUCAGGUGGAGGGGGAGGGGCUGUGUCAGGGGUUCACAGUGUACACCUAUUAUCAAUUUGGACCAAACUGCUGGAAGGAUCUAAUUAUAGAUUUUGAACAUCCUAGUGAAUCCCUGUGUAACAAGUAUUAUGAUGGGAUCUAUUCAUUUAUUAAAGAUUUUCCGGGAAGACCUCACUCCCUGAAGUUUUUUAUGCAGACCCAUGCUGGGGCUCGGACAGGAAGUCAGCUGUACAGAAGUCGGAUCUUACCGAUGCUCCGAGCUGCUAAUCUCAGCGUAGACUUUCUGGAAAUACAGCAUUCAGAGCAUGUGAAACAAGAAAUGAUCCACAUCAACAUUGAUGAUUAUGAUUGCAUGGUAGCUAUGGGUGGUGAUGGGACCGCCUCUAAGGUUGUGUCGGGGUUAAUAACGGCAACACAGACCAGGAACGAUGUAGAAAUACGACAGGGUUUUACCCCCUCUAGACCAGCCAUGCCUGUCGGAAUUAUUCCCACCGGAACCACCAAUCACAUCGCUCGUUCUGUCAUGGGUUUGGCUGAUCCCAUCACUGCUGUUCUGUAUAUACUAUUGGGUUACAGUGUACCAGUAGAUGUGUGCUCUGUGUUCAGUGAGGAUAAGCUGGUUAGGUGGAAUUUCGCUUGCCAGUAUGGGUUCGGUGCAAAUGCCCUCAGAUAUGCCAAUAAUUUCCGCCAUAAUCUCCUUCCCAAGAGUAUAGAUGCUGCCAUUUAUAAAGCCUCGUCUAAAAAGAAACUUUUACCCUACGAUUGUGAUAUUGAAUACAUUCCUGCAGAAGAAAGACCCAAGGACUGCGAUCAAACUGCAUGUUUGCGGGGAUGUACGGUUUGUUGGACAGAGGAUGUUAAAGAAGAAGAUGAAGUAGAGGAAUGUUUAGUGCAGCCAUUUAAUGAUCUCAAUACCUCCAACACCAGUGACACAUUUGUAGAUUUGUCUAAGGAUGAGAGUCCGUGGAAGGUGUCUAAGGGUUCAUUCCUACAGGUGGGGCUGUUUUCUAUCCCCGCCCGGAGCGAGUUGGCCCCCGAGGGACUCAGUAAAUUCUCACACCUGAACGACGGCUGUAUGGAGCUAGUGCUCAUCAAAAACAUCAACAGGAAGGACUUCAUACGUUUUCUUAAACGUCACGGAAACUCCAAAAACCAGUUUGAUUUUCCAUUUGUGGAGGUGAUCCGUGUCAAGGAAGUUAAAUUUCGUCCCCGACUCCCCACUGGCUGGAAACACACGGACCGUAAAUUUCAUGAAAUCCAGUACAGAAUGUCUAAGCUUGAACGCCAGGCAUCGAAAGGAAGUCAGAUCCUGGAAAUCGAUGACAGCGAUGAUGAUAAGGACAAUGUCAGUGAGCUGAGGAACCCGUUAGAUGACAUGAGUGAUAUAGAAUCAGAUGAAGAUGAGGAUUUUAAGGGAUCAAGUAACAGUGGGAGUAGAAAGAGCUCUGCAGGAAGCAACAAGAGUUCUGAACAGAAACAAUACAUAAAUAACAACAACGUCAUCGUAAACUCGGCUCAUCAGGACCGUAAUCUCGUCGGCCCGCAGUACCGCAUGACCUUCGCUGACAUGGACCGCAUGAAGCGUAAAAAUAAACAGAUUAAAAAGGAAGAGAAGGCAAAGGCGCGCGAGGAGAGACAUCUCCGUACAAAGUGGAAUCUGGAUAACGAGCUAGUGGAUAAAUAUGAAUUGGACUUCAGAGUUCACCACGGCCUGAUUUCCUUGUGUGGGAGGGGCAUCACUCCUGGUUCUGUGUUCCAAGAGGUUGGCUGCCUACCGCUGGCCAGAUGAUUGACAGCUCCAGUCACCAUGGAUACUUCCAGAUCUUGGUCUUCUAAGCGUUUUACAGUAUUGCAUUUUUGCAUUAAGAGAUUAAUCACUCUGUAGAGUCAUACAGCAUUUAAAUCAGCUCCAAUGUUUAAUCAUCACAAUCAAACUUUACAUGGACCUAUAGUGUAUACAUAGGAUUGUACUGGCAAUUUUAUGCAAUGGAGACCUAUUACUCAAUUUUAAUUAUUAUUGUAUGACAGUGCUUCUAUUGUAUAUGUUACAAGCAAUGUGUUUUCACAUUCUGUAGGAAUAAUGUUUCCAUUCUCAGAAAAUAGUUUUCAUUCUUUCGUUGCAGAUCUUAUUUAUAAAAUUGACAUUAAUACAUUAAAGUUUGCAACCCUUUGGAUGUAAACAGAAUUUGUAUAAGUUACAUUCAAAAUGUUUAUUUGCUCAAGGAAGUUCUAGUGUCAAAAUAUUUAAGUGUAAGCAGUAUUAUUUUUAAUAAUAACAUGAACUAAUUAGAUCUAGGUAUCUAUUUCUUAGGCAACUGAAUAAUUUUGCUGCUUUUUGGUCUAAAAGCAUGAGAUGGUACAGUGUACCGUGAUUUAAACUGUCAAAUAUCAAAAUCCUGAUAGAAAUAACUAGUAGAUAACAAUUUCAGUUUGUGUGUGCACUUUAUGUGGAAUAAUACAUAAGUCUGAAGAAGAAGUGAAUGUUUCAAUGUUUAACAUUGUUUUAUAUGCUUUGUGUGAUAUUCAUUUAAUCAUAUCACUUACUCACACCCUCCUUCCAUUUUGUUUCUAA